AUGACUAAGGAGAAUUUGUAUUCAAGUUGUUUUGUUGUUGUCAGGUCGCACGAGCCUUCCUUGACUCAGAACGUUACUGCUGCUCCCAUCACCACAAUUUCACCUCACCAGGUUUCAAGUAAACAACAGCUGCUAGCUGUAGGUGACAGUAUGGGGACACUGCAUGUGAUGGAGGUUCCGUGGAAUCUCAGGCACCCAUCAGCUAAUGAGGCAAAUGCUAUGGAGAACUUCUUCGAACGAGAAGUAAAGCGACUUGCUUUUGUGGAGGAAAGAAUGAAGAUACGAGAACAGGAAAAGAAACAGCUGGACGCUGAAGAAAGCAAACGGCAACAGGAGGGUAAACGUCAAGAGGAGAGUGACGCAGAUGUAGAGGUCCGACAAAGAAUGGAAUAUCAGGAGUAUUUACAGAUGGAGAAACAAUUACUUGAAGAACUUGGCAUAAGAGAAGAAUCUGACGAUCUUGAAGGAACUUAAUAUUAACCUGCCAAACCAAGAUUACGAAACGAUCAUUUUUUGAAAGUUUAUGGCAAGAUUUUUAGUCUGAUAACAAAGAACGCGUUUGGUUACCAAAUGACGUUCUGAUGUAAAUUGUGUACUUUAUCAGUAUUGCUGUAUAUUUUAUGUUUCAGUUGUGUGUUUUCAAAUCCUUGUCUUUGUGCAUACGUCACCUAUUUUCUCUGCUUAUUUGUACGCAGCCUAAUCAAAUCCUCGAACUCCGAAAUACCCGAAAAGUUUCCGAUUAUUGUAUCAACUAAUCAAAACAUUGCACGAGCAAUUCCGAACUCCCCGGACGUACUCACGUCAGCUUCACGUCAUAACAUUUCGUCUUGUUGCUUAGCACCUCUUACGCAAUCCACGGGCAACUUUAGGUGCUCGUCUUUCUGUGGUGUUGUUUUACAGAACAUUUAACCUGUCGUUUGUGUAUAUUAUGGUUUGGUUUGUUUUGCAUUUCGCUUAACUGUGUAAAACGACAACGUCAUGAAGGUUUUGUGAGACUUAAAUAAUUUUUUAUAUAUAAAUAAUAUACUUUUUUUGGAGAAAGUCAGUUGUUGCAGGUGCUUUUUCCAAUUUGACACCUAUCCAGAGAUGACAUAACACUAUGUUCCUCAGGAAAUGAUAAUAAAAAAUAACCUCGUGAACUUCAACA